AGAGAAAGGAGCUUCUGAAAGUCUGACUGAGGAGAAGGAGAAGAAGAAGCAGCUCUCGGAGUAGCACUGGAGGAGAGAAACUGGAGGAAGGAGAGACGAGAAAAGGAAACAAGACGGACGGAGAAAGAGGAAAAUAGCAAUGUGACUGUGAAGGAGGUGAUUCAGAGGAGGAGAGAGAAAUCAGGCAACAAGAGGAGGAGAAUUAAGAAGUGACUGCAGAUGUUGACUUGCACGUGAGGAGGAGAAAAAGAAAGGAGAGCUGAUGUGACUGUGGGGUUUAAAACAGGGCGACGUGGAGGAAGAGGAGCAGCAGAUGUUUGCAGAGAGAGUCAACUGAAACGCUCGAGCUGUGUUUGAGAAGCAGAUCAGGUCCUGAUGAUGGGCUGCUGUCUGUUUGUUUACUAUCGGAAGAAGAGGAAGCAGGCAAGCAGAGAUGCAGACUCCCUCAGUCUCUGCAGUCUGGACAUCAACGAGCCCAGCACCAAGCGCAGUAAACCUGUAUCCAGGGUGACGUCUCUGGCCAGCCUGCUGCCGCCCGUCAAGACCGCACCGCUGAAGAGGAUCGGUCAGACGCUGCAGCGCUCCAUCAGUUUUCGUUAUGAGAGUCGGACGGAGAGAGCCGCUCCUCCUCCUCCUCCUCCACCCUCCUCUUCGACGAUGAAGACGCGCGUUAUCUCAGCGACUGUCUCCAACCCUUCCUCCUCCAUGACAGCGACGCGGGGUUCCAUGGCAACAGCCCCAGCCGCCAAGCGCCGGGACAGCAAGCUUUGGAGCGAGACGUUUGACGUCCGACUGGGGGCGACACAACCUCUGAGUCCAAAAGAGAUAAAACGACAGGAGGCGAUAUUUGAGUUGGCUCAGGGCGAGCAAGACUUGGUGGAGGAUCUCAAGUUGGCUAAGAAGGCCUACCAUGACCCGAUGCUGAAGCUGUCAAUCAUGACUGAGCAGGAACUCAACCAGAUCUUUGGUACUCUGGACUCGCUGAUACCCCUGCAUGAAGACCUGCUGAGUCGCCUCAGAGACGCCAGAAAACCUGACGGGUCAACAGAGCAUGUGGGACACAUCCUGACUGACUGGCUGCCCUGUCUGUCCUCCUACACCCCGUACUGCAGUAACCAGGUGAAGGCCAAGGCCUUGUUGGACCAGAAGAAGCAGGACCGGCGGGUCCAGGACUUUUUGCAGCGCUGUCUCCAGUCGCCCUUCAGCAGGAAGUUGGACCUGUGGAACUUCCUGGACAUUCCCCGCAGCCGACUGGUGAAAUACCCACUGCUGCUCAGGGAGAUCCUGAAGCACACACCCAAUGACCACCCGGACCGGCAGCACCUGGACGAGGCGAUGCUGAUGGUUCAGAGCGUGGUGGCGGACAUCAACAGGCGGACGGGGGAGUCAGAGUGUCAGUACUACAAAGACCGUCUGUUGUACAUGGAGGACGGACAGAGGGACGAACUCAUCGACCAGUCCAGGACCCUCAGCUGCCAUGGAGAACUGAAGAACAACCGAGGACUCAAGCUCCAUGUCUUUCUGUUCCAGGACGUCCUGGUCAUCACCAGGUCGGUCUCGCUGAACGACCAGCCAGUCAGCUAUCAGCUCUGCCGCCAGCCAAUACCCAUCCGGCAGCUGGACCUGGAGGACCUAUCAGAUGGAGAGAUGAGAGUGGGCGGGUCCAUCAGAGGGGCCUUCAGCAACAACGAGCGCACAAAGAACUUCUUCCGGGUUUCGCACCGUACCGGAGGUCAGCUGCAGAGCCACUUCUUCCAGGCCAGCGACGCCUUCAACAAACAACAAUGGAUAAACUGCAUCAGACAAGCCAAGGAAGCCGCAGCACUGACUGGAGACCUGCCACCACUGACAGGACCGUGUCUGGAGAAAGAGCUGGGUGGACAGAAAGGGACACUUGAUGGGACAGCACUGAGUUUGCGAAGUGAUUCAGGAAUUGAAGAUGAGAAAGGGAUGUGGGGGGAGAUGGAGACAGGGCUGUGUUUGGAAGGACAGGAGGGUCUGAGUGGAGGUCAAGAUCUAAGUUCAGGUAAAGAGGCUGAGGUGGGUUUGACUCAGGAGACAAUGACGGGUAGGGAGAUGGAGACAGGUUUGGCUGUGGAUGGUGGGACAGGUUUUGAAUUACAUGGAGAAACAGGGAUGGACAGUCAGACGAGGGUGACAAUCAGUGGGACAGAGACGGGGGAGAUGGAGACAGGGCAGGGUCUCUGUGAUGAGAUGGGGGCAGAGCUGGGAGCCAGAGCAGACUGGAAGAUGGAUGGAGAAGGAGGAGGAGGAGGAGUAGAAAGAGAGACUCUCAGCAGAGAUGGUAAUGAUGUUCCAACCUCCCCCCUCUCCCCUGCUUCUCCCACUCAAGAGGAGGAGGUGAUAGAGGGGGGGUGGAGAGGCGCUAAGGAGGAGGAGGGCUGCAUGGACACAAAUGAGGUUGACUUACUGGAGGGCGAGGAUCUGUCCCUUAGGUGCUGAUACUAGGACCAAACAAAAAAAAAACUGACACUGCAUCCAAUCAAAGCUGGGAUGAUGAUGAUGAUGUCACUUACAACAAUCACUUGAACUUGUUAAGAAACAUUAAACAGUGUGUUCUAGAACACUGUAACUGCUGUACCCUGACUGCUGGUAACCACGGUAACCACUGCGUUCUAGAAUGCCACAACAACCAUCACCCCUACACUCUGGAACACUGGCCCCAUGUAGCUGUACUAAUGGCAUGAAUGCUAUUAAGAGAACUGGACACCAAUGGUGCCCCAUUCAUUCCAAUGAAAGUUAUUCAGCAUGAACAUACUGCAAAAAAAACGUUUUUCGGGCUUCCUCAGGCUUUCCUCUGCAACUUCCACAUUUUGGAGUUUUGUGAUGCUCAGCAAAAUGUAUUUAUGAUUUUACUGCCUUUUGAAAUUAUGUAUUUGUAUGGGGCAAAUUAUUUGUGGGCCAGUGGCUGUCACAUGACCUGCAGUUCCAACUGCGGCCACAACGCCAAAAGUCACCUCACAGCCCAACACUAUUUUUCGGAGCUUGAGCUUUACUCAUGUUACUGUGACUACUGCUGUAUCCCACAUCCCACACACCAUGUUACACUUCACCAGAUUAGACGGUGCAAGAGUGAAACUAUUUCCUGGCUUGUUUUAUUCUAGUUUACUUUAUCCUGAAUUUAUUUCUUCAUAGUUAACAUUUGCUCACUUACUUAUAUUUUGCACUAGACCAGCCUUUGGACAAACUCUAUGUUGCUGCCUAUAGUCUUCACCUUUCUAUUUGGACUGUUAAAGUUUCCCAGUGGAGUUUGUGUCACUACUGGCACUAAGAACAGGAGCCCUAUACUAACAUGCACACAAAGAUGUACAUGUACAUGCAGGUGCUCACCUAUUAUGCAAUACACCUUCCCACUAAUGGUUUCAAGCUGUUGGCACUAAUAGCUAAUGCCAGUAACAAUGCCCAGGAAGAGGAAAGAAAUGUAUUCAACACAUUUGUUAGACCUCAAGAAAAACCACAAUGUGUUUAGGUGAGAAACAAGAUAACUUGUUUGUUUACAUAAAGACUCCACAGGGCACCUUUAAAGAAACACUGCCAAUAGUUUUUAAAUUAACGAGCAGAAAAGACACACCCCAUAUAAACUUCUGCUAUGUGCUAAUUCAACACUAAUAUUUUCAGAAAAACCUCUACCACAGAUCUGCUGAUGUCAGCAUCAUCCUCAGCUAAUACAUGCAAAAGGUAAAGCCGAUCACAAAAGUCAGAAUUCAAGUCAAAAGCUUUUUGCAUUUAAAACACUAUGAGUGAAUUAUAAUGAAUCGUGUGUAGCUAACUACCACUAAACGCUAACUUACCAUCUCUGUUGUAGAGAUUUAGCAAAUACAAAGAGGCAGAAAAAGUGCGACAUUAGUCGUGGUAAGGAACACUUACCUUCCAUAGCUUUCAAAGAACAAUUACAAAUAAUCAAACUUGUAUCUCCAAUUAUAGGGAUUUUUAUUUUCAUCAGUUAAUCAGUUGAAAGAUUACUUCUUUUUUUUUGCAAAUUUCUUGUUCUGUUUCUAAAACUCUGUUCAUCAUGUCUUAUAAUCACUUGUAAUGUCUGGAAACACUGGAGAAGACAGAGCCAGUUCUCAUGGCACAUCACAGUAACAAGUUACUCAUUAUUAGCUGAUCUAUGAGUCUAAAUUUGCAACCAUUUGUAAAUGUGAAUGUUCUCCUAUGAAUAAUGUUCAUGUGUAAGUGCUCUCCAGCAGAAAAUACAUUUUAAGUGAAAAGUGAUGCAGGUCCAGGUUGCAAUGAUUACAGUACGUGUGAUGGCGAUGCUCAGUGAAUUUCAGUGUAGGGGUGAGUGAGGUAAGAGUGUGGAGGUUGUAUAGGUUUUUGCCCCUUACACAGCAUUAAGUCCCAUCUCUGACCGUGACUAUUUUAUCAAACCACGACUAUGAUGUUUCUGUAAAAGAGCUUUAAUUGCCUAAUGCCUCAAACAUGCAUUAAAUAUUUUUGAUAUUAUAUUGAUGUGAAAGAGUGUAAGUGUUUAGGAUUUUGGACCCACUGACCUUUUUAGCCUCUUUUAGCUCCUAGAUUUGUUUUACAGCAAACUUAUUUCAUAGUUCAGUUUUUGUGUUUCCAGCUGCAGCAGGCAGCGUUUUUCAUACACCCAUUGUAAACUACCUGACCAGCACCAAAUGACAGACAGGCAACAUUGGUAACUUGCUGGUGGAGACCAAACCAAAGCGAAGAGUGAAUAUUGGCCUUACAUUCAACAGUGGGAUGAUCGUAUUGCUGUGUGUGCUGAUACAUGCAAGUUUAUCAGUUGUCUGUUAGUGAUAGCAGCAUGAUCAAGUGAGCUGGUGGUGGCUGUGUAUCUGUCAGUUGUUUGAUGUUUCUCCAUGUAGAGGCCAAAAAUUAAUUAAUGCAGUGUUUAAAAGGGAAGGAAGUUACGCAGGAACACUGCUGAAAAUAAAAAAAAUAAAUAAAUGUUGGAAAUGAAUAUUUUGCAAGCGUAGACUCUAGAAAUACUCUUAAAGCAAAACCUUAAGCUAUCGGCACAGUAUAACCUUUCCUUGUGAAUGAAUGUGAUUGUAGCAUGUAGUCGGGUAGUAUUCCAAAUACAUUAAUUGAAUCUUCGGUGGAUUUUCCGUUUUGAACAUCGAUCCCUACCACAAAAUUCUAUAAAAUUACUAAGUUACUACGAAGCUGCUGCAGCUUGGUGGCAAUCAGAGUCCUGAGGGAGGAGCCUGUUGUGUAUGUACUGUAUGUAAAGAAUGUAUAUGAAGUCUGUCUGUAUAUGAAUGUAGGAACAAAGCCAAGCAUGACUGUUUGUUAUAUAUGUCCUUACAACACAUGAAAUAUGACUUACAAUGUCCAGACAAUCAGUUUGAUAUUAUAAAUGACCACUGUCAGGAUAGUUGUGAUGGUGAUGAGGGUGGAUGAAGUUUACCACAGUGGUUAAGUUACCAGACAACUACCAAACUUUUAAAAGCAGGUUAUUUACACAUCUCAGAGAGGACUAAAGAUACACAGACAAUACUUGUGCACUAAUGUGUGGAUUGUCACAAGACCAAAGCAUCAAUAAAUUGUUUUAAAAAGAAGCCUCACUGAAUGGAUGGUUAUUGGUGAUUGCAAAGAAAAUACUGCCAUGUUUAAAUAAAGACAAAUACAAAAUUUGAAACGCUUUUGUCUUUUAGAAUGAGUGCAUACAAGUGCAAUCAACAGUUAUAAACAUACAGCCCUAGGCAAUUAAUGUGGAUUGUAAAAAGGAGUGGACUUAAAACUCAACCCUGAGAAAUACCCCAACUGUUGUUAAAGACACCUGUGUGCACAAUGUCAACUAUGACACACUUUAAAUCUGUUGCUCAGGCAAUGUCCUGACUAGUGACAGGUACUGUUAAUAAAGCUAGUUUCUCCGAGGAAGAAGAAUGUAAGAAACUGUUUGCCUUAACGUAAAUAGUGCAACAGGUCAGAAAACACAUUGGCAAUGAUUUAAAACACAAUAUUUGGUGAGAACAGCCUUAGAGUUGUGCACUGUAUUAAGGAAUCGAAUAUAUUUGCAUGACAAAUGGAAAGUGGAGGGUAAUACCUGCCAUUAUCUAAGUAUAUAUAGAGAGUCCUGCUUUUGCCUGGAAAAGAAAAAAAAAACCCUAGGAAUAACAGAAUUAAAAAUACCGAUGGUAAGCCAAAAUUACUCCAAAUCCUAACUUUCUGAGUACAAAUUCUGGAAUUUUCAAAAUCUAAAUUAUGAAAAUUCAAAAUUAAAGAAAGAAAUCAAAGCUGAAUCUCAAAGGAGGAAGGCAGGCAACUGCCCAGAGGCCCCCAAGGCCCCUGGUUACUCCAUAUUAUUUGGGUCUACAUCAUUUUAUUACUCAAAAAUUUGUUAGAAAUGUGUG